AUGGCGUUACCUAUCAACUACCUGCAGAUACUAGGGGCGGCAAUGUACCCUACGGUCCACGCGGCGUAUCCCGGGCUGGCGAUGAAACUCACCGACAUGAUUCUCGAAUUGCCAUUUGCAAACAUCAUCCAGCUCAUCGGUAACGAGGAGAAACUGGGUGCAAAGAUCGACGAAGUGAAGCGCGCGUAUGACGCUAGACCGAUGGAUGACGGUCAAACGAAGGUAAAGAAGUGGAAGGAGACUCUGCACAUGGAUUCUCUAUGGCCCAAUACACCCGCCGCAAAGCCGGUAGACCCCCGGAGUCAAGCGAUAGCCAAAGCAAUUGCUUCUAUCAUCACCGGGUGCAAAAACAGCAUCCCACGCAUCAACACGCGCCACGAGACAUUCAAAGCUGAUGUCCAGGCGGACUCUCAUCGCCAACUGCAGUCCCUGGAGCACAGGCGCGCACGACUACAAGCGCGCUUGAAGACUCUCGGCGACGUAGUGACCAUGAUACAAGCCGCUGCUCCCGAAAUCUACGACGCGACGUAUAAAGUGCUCUGGCUCGACGUGGCAGGUAUCCGAGAAGAUGUGAGCGAGCUGAAAAAUGAGGUCAAGGAGGUCAAGGAGAGGGAGAAGGUGGCAUUGGAGGAAGCUGAGAAGCGCUGUAAGGUGGACAAAGACGGCUGGGAGAAGACAGGCCAGAUUGUGAUUGGGUUGGCGAAUAUUUUGGGAUUCCGUACCAACAAGCCUUGA